CCGUUAUCUAUGAUACGAACGACAACUCGUGUCGCUAUCUACAUUGUAUUUUCGCUGUAUCUGGAACAUGGCGUUGUGUCCGAAGUCAGUGCUUGUGACAGGGGCUAACAGAGGAAUUGGGCUGGAGUUUGUGAGGCAAUUCCUGGCGUUGAAGACUCCUCCGAAGUUUAUCUUCGCCUGUUGUAGAGCGCCGGAUAAUGCUGCGGAUCUUAAAUCCAUCGCAGAAAAGAGUCCGUCUGUUCAUGUAGUGAAACUUGAUGUAACAAACGACUCGACCAUAGAUGGAGCCAGAGGCUACGUGGAAAGCAUCGUCGGGGCGGACGGUCUGAACCUUCUCAUAAACAACGCUGCCGUCGGCGUACGGAAGAGCCUUCAGGAAGUCACGAGAGAGGAGAUGCGCCGUCACUUCGAGGCUAACGCUAUUGGUCCACUGAUGGUGGCGAGGGCGCUCCUGCCACUGCUGAAGCAAGCUGCAAGUCUGAGCCCCGAUGCGCCGAUGUCUUGUAGCCGGGCUGCCAUCAUCAACAUUUCCACCGGAGUCGCCUCCAUCUCUGAAAACUCAUCCGGUGGAAGUUACGCCUAUCGACCUUCUAAAGCCGCCUUAAAUAUGAUAACCACAAACCUAGCUCUAGAGCUGAAGGAGGACGGCAUCUUAGCGACGGCGGUGCAUCCAGGGUGGGUGAAAACUGAAAUGGGUGGACCCAACGCUUUGAUCGACACGGGAGAGAGUAUUACCAAGAUGAUGUCCGUUCUUGCGAAACUACAGGGCGAAGAGGGGACUGGGAAAUUCUACCAUGGAGUUCGGGGUGACUUGAUUGGUUGGUGACAAACUCGUGUGGGGGUGAUUUGAUUGGUUCAUAGAAGUAUGUGCGAGAUGAGUUCAUUGGUUGGUAAUAUGUUUGUGUGAGAGGAUCUGAUUGGUUGAUUACAGCUACGCUGGUGUACUUGAACAUUACCAUUGAUGCUAAUGAUCCUCAUAUCUGAACAAAACAUUAUUGGACGAAGAAUUUAUUAAAGGACGAUACGAAAUUGCAUGUUUGGUUCGUUUUUUCGCUGAUAAUACAGAAAAAACGAUGGUCCGUUCUAAUUUCUCAUCAGCUACGGAAUGUCGCCUUGUCAGUUUUCCUGUUUUUUCCGUUUGUGUUUUUAUACAAUUUAUGUAGCAAUUUUCAAUGUAACUUGAACAGCUCAAGAUUCGUUUUUGGCCAAGUU